GGGGGCAAUUGCAGCAGCAGACAGGCACGCCACUGCCUAGUUCAGGGCUCCCCAACAUGUCACUGACACCUCUUCUGGUGCCUGCCAGGUGCCUUCAGAAGAACUUCUAGAGAGUGAGCAGGGCCAAAUGGGGCUUUCCCCAGCAAGGCUUCUGACUGGCGGCCACUGGAGAGUCAAUGGGCUUGGCAGAUUGUCACAAGAAUCUUCAGUGUGUGAUUGAAGCAGGGUUGCCAGCCAGGCCCGGAGAUCACCUGCCGGAGUCGCAGCGUCCCUUCCCCUCCGCCCCCGCGGCUGCUUCGGGGCUCCAAUGAGGUCAUCAGGCCGGCUCAGCCCGCCGGGCGCCCACGCGAAGCUGCGCGGAUUGUCCCGGGCAGGCCCCCGUAGCUCCUUCCUUCUAGCCAUGGCAGGCGCCGCCGGGCCGGCCUCGGAGUCUCUCCGCCACGUCGAGUACGUGAGGGCCGGGAGCGGCGGGUCAGCCUCGGACUUGGACCGGGACGCGGGGCUGGCCAGAUCUAUGAUCGCUGUCGGUCUGGGCGUUGCAGCCGUUGCUUUUGCAGGUCGGUACGCCUUCCAGUUCUGGAAGCCGCUGGAACAAGUAAUCUCUGGAACAGCAAGGAAAAUUUCAAGCGCCAGUCUCUCCUCCUACUAUAAAGGGGGAUUUGAACAGAAAAUGAAUCGGCGAGAAGCUAGUCUUAUUUUAGGCAUCAGUCCAUCUGCUGACAAGACCAAGAUAAGAACUGCUCACAGACGAAUCAUGGUUUUGAAUCACCCUGAUAAAGGUGGCUCUCCCUACCUAGCAGCAAAGAUCAAUGAAGCGAAAGACUUGCUGGAGUCCAGCAGUCGACAUUAGGGGCCCCAGGAUUUGUCUGUCCCGAGAAGCCUCACGCGUGCUGUGUUGAAGAACCUCCGGUGCUGCCGCUGCUUCUUCUGCAGCGGCUUUCUGUGCUGGGUUGCACUUCUUGGACAGUUUCAUCAAGAUAGCCCUCUAAGCACUUUGAAAAUACCAUUCCAGGUAUUUAAUAAUAAAAGUGAGACCUUUAACGUAUAA